AUGGCGCUGCACCGCGCGGCCUCCGCGAUCCGGCGCCGCGGGCCCCUGCUGCCGGGCAGCGCGCCGGCGAGGGCGAUGGCGUCGCUCUUCGGCCACGUCGAGCCGGCGCCCAAGGACCCCAUCCUCGGCGUCACCGAGGCCUUCCUCGCCGACCCCUCCCCCGACAAAGUGAACGUCGGCGUCGGCGCCUACCGGGACGACAACGGCAAGCCCGUCGUGCUCGACUGCGUGCGCCAGGCGGAGAGCCGGAUCGCCGGCAACCUCAACAUGGAGUACCUUCCAAUGGGAGGAAGUAUCAAGAUGAUUGAAGAGUCGCUAAAGCUGGCGUAUGGAGAGGAAUCUGAGUUCAUCAAAGAUAAGAGGAUUGCAGCGGUGCAGGCGCUUUCAGGUACUGGGGCAUGCCGGCUCUUCGCUGAUUUCCAGAAGCGUUUCUUGCCGGAUUCACAGAUCUACAUACCUACGCCAACAUGGUCCAACCACCAUAAUAUUUGGAGGGAUGCUCAAGUGCCACAGAGAACAUACUCAUAUUACCAUCCAGAAUCAAGAGGGCUUGAUUUCGCAGGAUUGAUGGAUGAUAUCAAGAAUGCUCCAAAUGGCUCAUUUUUUUUGCUUCAUGCAUGUGCCCAUAAUCCUACUGGGGUAGAUCCUACAGAGGAACAAUGGAGAGAGAUAUCCUAUCAGUUCAAGUUGAAGAACCAUUUCCCGUUCUUUGACAUGGCGUACCAAGGAUUUGCUAGCGGUGAUCCAGAGAGAGAUGCCAAGGCAAUCCGUAUAUUCCUUGAAGAUGGGCACCAAAUUGGAUGCGCUCAGUCGUAUGCAAAGAACAUGGGUCUUUAUGGACAGAGAGCGGGAUGCCUGAGUGUUCUAUGUGAGGAUGAGUUGCAAGCAGUUUCUGUUAAGAGCCAAUUGCAACAGAUUGCGAGACCAAUGUACAGCAACCCACCUGUCCAUGGUGCAUUGGUUGUAUCUAUUAUCCUUAAUGAUCCAGAAUUGAAAAGCCUAUGGUUGAGAGAGGUCAAGGGUAUGGCUGAUCGUAUCAUUGGAAUGCGGAAGGCACUUCGGGAGAAUCUCGAAAACUUAGGUUCACCUUUAUCAUGGGAGCAUGUUACCAAUCAGAUUGGAAUGUUCUGCUACAGUGGGAUGACACCUGAACAAGUUGAUCGCUUGACAAAUGAAUACCAUAUUUACAUGACACGCAACGGGAGAAUAAGCAUGGCUGGUGUAACAACAGGAAAUGUUGCCUACUUGGCUAAUGCCAUUCAUGAUGUCACUAAAUAAAACUGAGGCUUCUUAUUCUCACCUCCUUCAGCCAAUGAAACAAGAGCGUUUUUUAUUUCUUUUGACGGCUAUUCACUAUAUACCAUGAUACUAGAGAAAUAAGUUGUAGCAAACCUGUUGCGGCUGUCUAAAUGAAGAAUUGUACCUGGAUGUCUUUGAGAGAGCUGUAGUCUGGAUCCUAUUUUUGACUGUUCCUUUAGUGGUAAAUGUAACGAGCCAGUGGAAAAUGGUUAUACCUUUAUUUUAA